GAUAAGCCGAGAUGAUAGUGUUAGGAAGAAGAGUGAGGAGAGUCAAAGAGGGAAGUAUGAGAAGGAUAAGGAAGUUAGAAGAGAAGGUGAUCGACGAAAUCCUGAUGAGCGAAUUGAAGAGCAAAAGAGAAGGCGAGAGAGGUCUCAGAAUGUUGACGAUGACAAAACUGGACGUGCUCGACGAAAUGCUGAUGAGAUAGUUGAUGCCAAGAAAGAUCAGGACUUUGAUAAAAGAGAAGAGGACGAUAGUAUGGAAGAAGGUGAGCUUGUGGAUAAGAGAGACAAUCGCUUAAAAAAGGGGGAAAGAGAGCAGAAAGAUGAAAGCCCUCGAAGGCUAGAGAGGUAUCGAGAUGAGAGAAGGCAUAGGGAUGAAGAAGAUGAGAGGAGAGAUGGGCGAGCUAGGAAAAGAGAAAGAGAGAGCAGUCCUCGAAGGAGAGACAGGAACAGAGAUGAUGACCACCAUCAUCGGCAAAAAGAGAAGAGCAGAGAGGAAGCCAAAGAAGAGAGUAAGGAGGAAAAGCCUGUUGCAGUUCAGCAGAUGCCAGAUGCAGGUGAAAUCAAGACGGGUGGAAUCUACAUCCCACCACAUAGACUGGCUCAGAUGAUGAAGGAUGUAGAAGAUAAGAGCAGUGAACAAUACCAGAGAUUGAGUUGGGAUGCUCUAAGGAAGAGUAUUAAUGGGCUGGUGAACAAAGUGAAUGCUACUAAUAUUAAGAAUAUAAUUCCAGAGCUCUUCUCAGAGAACCUCAUUCGAGGGAGGGGUUUGUUCUGUCGCUCAUGUAUGAAGUCGCAGAUGGCAUCUCCUGGGUUUACUGAUGUAUUUGCAGCUUUGGUUGCGGUGGUUAAUACCAAGUUUCCUGAUGUGGGUAAGCUUCUAUUGAAGAGGAUUGUGAUACAGCUUAGGAGGGCUUAUAAAAGGAAUGACAAGCCUCAGCUACUUGCUACAACUAAGUUUAUAGCUCAUCUUGUGAAUCAGCAAGUAGCUCAUGAGAUCAUUGCUUUGGAACUGCUGACUUUGCUAUUGGAGAAACCCACCGAUGAUAGUGUUGAGGUAGCUGUUGGGUUUGUGAAAGAAUGUGGCGCAUUGCUUCAAGACUUUUCACCUCAAGGAGUCCAUGGUAUCUUUGAGCGCUUUCGUAGUAUCCUUCAUGAAGGGGAAAUUGAUAAGCGUGUUCAGUUCUUGAUUGAAGGUCUGUUUGCAACAAGAAAAGCCAAAUUUCAGGGAUUCCCUGCUAUCCGGCCAGAACUGGACCUAGUGGAGCAAGAGGAUCAGUUUACACAUGAAGUAUCUCUUGAAGAUGAGAUAGAUUGGGAGACAAAUCUAGAUGUUUUUAAGCCCAAUCCACAAUUUUUGGAGGAUGAGAAAGCUUAUGAAGAUCUGAAGAGAAAUAUCCUUGGAGACGAGUCCUCUGAUGAUGAACAAGGCUCUGAUGCAUCCUCGGAAGACGAGGAUGAAGAAGAAUCUGAAGAAGAUGAUGAAGAAAGCAUGAGAAUAAAAGAUGAAACAGAAACUAAUCUUGUCAAUUUACGAAGAACAAUCUAUCUCACAAUAAUGUCAAGUGUGGAUUUUGAAGAGGCUGGUCAUAAGCUAUUAAAAAUCAAACUUGAGCCUGGACAAGAGAUGGAACUAUGCAUCAUGCUGCUUGAGUGUUGCAGCCAAGAGAGAACUUACCUUCGGUAUUAUGGUCUUCUGGGCCAACGUUUCUGCAUGAUCAACAAAGUAUACCAAGAGAACUUUGAGAAGUGUUUUGUACAGCAAUACUCUAUGAUUCAUCGCCUGGAAACAAACAAGCUGAGGAACGUGGCGAAGUUCUUUGCUCAUUUACUAGGCACAUAUGCGCUACCCUGGCAUGUUCUUGCCUACAUACACUUGACUGAGGAAAACACAACUUCUUCUUCUAGAAUUUUCAUAAAGAUCCUUUUUCAGGAACUUUCGGAACAUCUUGGUAUACGAUUGCUUAAUGAGCGUCUAAAUGAUCCUACAAUGCAAGACUCACUUGAAUCCAUUUUUCCAAAGGACAACCCCAAGAAUACCAGAUUUGCCAUCAACUUUUUCACGUCCAUUGGGCUGGGUGGCAUUACAGAGAGCUUGCGUGAAUAUUUAAAGAACAUGCCCCGCCUCAUAAUGCAGCAACAAAAGCCAAUCUCAGAAUCUGAUGAUGAUUCAGGAAGUUCUACUGCUUCUAGUUCAGGUGAAUCCAGCUCCGACUCAGAUUCUUCUUCAGGAUCUGAGUCUGACUCGAGCUCUUCUGAUGAAAGCAAUAGAAGAGCGAGACAUAGUAAGAGAAGGAAGAGGAAUUGAUCAAUGCUUCGGAACUGGACUGUCUUGGUUCUUGUGAAUUUUAUAUUUCACUGCUAUCAGGGUGCACAUUCUUUUAUGUCUUAAGAUAUUUCUCAGCAUAUUUGUGAAGCUUGCAGUGCAGAAAUUCAGACAGUAUGGCUUAAGUUUUUAUCUUUUCUGAAGUAUGGCGAGUUUUCGAUAUCUUUUUGAGUUAAAGAUUUGGUGUUGUAAGGGAGGGUAUGCAUCAGCAAAGAGCUGCUGUGCUCCCUCCCGAAGCGUUUGCUGCUUUCCUUCAUCCAUCUCUUGCAUCUACAUAGAGGCGAACACGAUAUCAGAGAGAAGAAGUUGAUGAUCCGUGAUGUAAAGUAUAAUAGAAUUAUCUAGCGGAGAGACCAAGUGGGGUUCUGUUUCCUGUUGAUUUCUUUGUCCACCUAUGUAUAAGAAUUAUUAUGAAUUCCAGGGAGGUGGUUUAAGCUUGCGUGAAUUAUACAUGAUGGGAUUCGUUGCAGCCUCUUCCUUGGACCUCGAGCAGCAUUCUUCACUUUGUACAAUGAUGAAAGAUGAUAACUAUGUUUUUUAUGCUUGGUAUGUGAAACAUACAGGUUAUUAUUGUUCCGGAUUCAAGCGUGUGUCUAUACCUUUUCUGCUGUUUCAGCUUUAAUUUGAGAA